CCAAAUUUUUUGAUAAAAUAUUUGAACGUUGGCGGUAGCAUUUUGGAUGCUUCAACCUACCUUUGAUUUAUUUAACAAAAACUUGGCUUUCAUGCCAGUAUGGCGGUUUGGCCUCACUAAGCAGGGUCAAAGAGCUAAUCACUUAUUAUAUACAUUUAUAUCCUUUGAACAUUUCCUUGGAAUAUAUUUGAAGAUAUAGCAAGCUCCAAGUGAGCACAACAGCCUGCUUGGGAUUCUUCAUUUUGUUUGGAGUUCGAGGACAAUAGAGUUGGGGUUUUAAUCCUAGCAUGAUCAUGAAGGCAAGCUAUGUAUCAGGUUCUCAUAAAAAAAAGAAUUUCCUUCUAUAUAAAUAGCGCGCAAAGGAGGAUGCCUUUCUGAGAGCUUUGCACUUUUUCAGCGACCAUACAUUGGGAAUGACUGCCAAGGAGCGAAACCUCCCCAAAUUUAUACAAAUCCCUUAUACACAACUACUUGCAUGGGAACUAAGAAUGUCCUCUCCAGCUCCAAUAACCCACAACCACCUGCCCUUGUUCUCCUCCAUCCUCCAUUCUCUCUCCCAAACUCCCUACAGACUCAGAAGAAGAAUAUUAGCAACAUGGACCCCAGAACAAGAGCUCAACCAAGUGAGAGAAAGAUCAGGAGCAGACAUGAAGAAGAAGCUCGAAUGGUAUGAUCUUGUGGCACUUGGUGUAGGGGGGAUGCUUGGAGCUGGAGUUUUCGUCACCACAGGCCAAGUAGCCAGCAAAUUAUCUGGCCCAGCAGUCUGCAUUUCCUAUAUUAUAGCCGGCAUCUGUGCUUUCCUUUCAUCUCUUUGCUAUACUGAAUUUUCUGUGGAGAUUCCAGUUGCUGGUGGUGCUUUUAGCUACCUUAGAGUAACCUUUGGGGAGUUUGUGGGUUACUUUGGAGGAGCAAACAUACUACUUGAGUAUGUCUUAUCCAACGCUGCAGUGGCUCGAAGUUUCACUGAGUAUUUAAGUGCCGCCGCUGGUUUAGAAGAUCCAAACUCAUGGAGGAUUGUACUUGGAGGCUUGUCUAAGGACUACAACAGUUUGGACAUUCCUGCAUUUGUUCUUGUUUUUCUUCUCACUUUAUGCCUGUGUUACAGUACCAAGGAGAGCUCCAGGCUCAACCUACUUAUGACAGUGUUCCAUGUAAUCUUCUUUGGAUUUGUGAUUGUUGCUGGCUUCUACAAUGGAACCUCACAGAAUCUUGUAAAGCCGAAAGGGUUCGCUCCUUUUGGUGUUAAAGGAGUUGUGGAUGGAGCUGCUAUAGUGUACUUCAGCUACAUUGGUUAUGACAGUGUAUCAACAAUGGCUGAAGAGAUCAAACACCCCUCCAAAAUCCUUCCUGUUGGCAUCGGUGGAUCAGUGCUCAUUGUCUCAGCAUUAUACUGCCUCAUGGCCUUAUCUCUUUCCUCCAUGAUCCAAUAUGAUAAGAUAUCUGAGGUUGCAUCAUUUUCUUCUGCCUUCCAGAGUAAGGUCGGCUGGAAGUGGGCAGGAAAUGUUGUUGGUGCUGGAGCCAGCCUAGGAAUUGUGGCAUCACUCUUGGUUGCCAUGCUUGGCCAGGCUCGAUACCUUUGUGUCAUUGGCAGAGCUCGGCUAGUUCCGUCUUGGCUUGCUAACGUGCAUCCUUCGACGAGGACCCCAUUGAAUGCGACUAUUUUUUUAGGGAUAUGCACGGCAUCCAUUGCUCUAUGUACCGACCUCGAGAUCGUGCUCGAGAUGAUUUCUAUUGGUACCUUAAUCGUGUUCUACUUAGUUGCGAAUGCGCUCAUAUACCGGCGAUAUGUGAGCCUUGGUGCAAACGAGCCACUUCCUAUCCUCCUCUUCCUUCUGCUCCUCACAGCAAGCUCACUAGGCUUUUCUAUAAGCUGGAAGCUUGGGAGAAGUUACUGGUGGAUGAUGUUAUUGUUUGGUGGAUUAACGGUGAUGAUUACUGCUUUAUUUCAAUGUAAAGUUCCCUGUCAUCACCGUCCAUUAAAGUGGUCCGUGCCAUUGAUGCCAUGGCCAGCAGCAGCCUCAGUAUUUCUCAAUAUUUUCCUCAUGAGCUCUCUGAAGAAGAGGUCCUACCAGAGGUUUGCUGUGUGGAAUUGUAUGAUUGUGCUGUUUUAUGUACUGUAUGGGGUUCAUUCAACAUUUCAGGCAGAAGAGGUGGGGAUGGAAAUGGAGAGGGAAAUGGCUUUGGUUGUUGGAAUUGAACCAAAUUCAUGUUCUCAAUUGGAUAAGUUAGAAGCAUAGGUUUUCAUUUUUUUUCUGCAUAUCAUCUCACAAGUUUGCAUUAUUGGUGCGAGAUGCAUCCAAUGUAGGCAACCGACAUUCAAAGAAUAAAAUAACUUUUCUUUUGUAAGAAUUAUUUUUGCUGGUGCUGAGUAUGAGUUAGAUCUAUCAUAGUGAACAAUAAUUAUUUCAUUUAUUUUAAGGGCAUCUUUUCGAUAUACAAGACCAUACACAUAAUAUGAGAAAAGAAAAGUGAUUUUUUAUAUUCACCAUAGUUUUCUUUAGUCCCUAAAAGGAGAACCAUCUUCCUCUUUUCUAAUAAAAGCAUUAGA